GGUGCAUGCAGGUCAGUGGAGGAUGUAUUCAUUUCACCUAUCCUGUUUAGUAUAGACAUAAUACCUUCGACAAGAGUGUUCAGUGAAGAGUAGUGAGAGCAGAAAAGAGUUUCUUGAAAGGUGAAAUCAAGGAAUGCCGUCAGGAGGCGGUGGUGCAGGUGCUGGUGGAGGUGGAAGUGGAGGUGGAGGUGGAGGUGGUUUUGGAGGAGGAGGGAUCAGUUUUGGUGGCUAUGAUGGGGGGAAACUGAAAGCUGUACUUUGCUUUGUCGUGAAUCUGGUGAUAGUGAUCCUUGUAAUUGGUUCCUUGAUUGGAGGUGUUCUAAGCAGUAGGUCUAAUUCUACAGACAUUUCUACAAGUUUUUACUCCCCAGGAGACAGUCGACUUCUGUUUCUGUCCUCAUUCUUUUGUGAUGGUGGUUCUCUUGAGCUGUCUUCUAAUUCAGUUAAUGCUGAACUGCUACUUGUUGACUCUACCCCACCUCUUGAUAACACUAACAACUUUACAAUAACUGUUGAUUCAAGUUUUGAUCCUUUGGAGUUCCAAUUCUGGCAAUAUCAUUUACAUCCUAAUUCUAACAUAACAUUGUCCAUUCAAACAAAUUUUCUCAUAAAUGUGUACAUCAUUAAAGGAAAUGAUAAUGCAAACCGAUGGAGAAGCUUACUAAAUGGGGAAAUCGCUGAAGAAUUCUUAGAGCGAAUAACAACUAUCCCGGAGGUUACCUACCAAGUUGAGACAGAAGAUGAGUACUACAUAUUUAUUUAUAACUCCUUAGCAUCAAGGCCUGUGUUUGUGAGUGCAUCUCUAACAUUUGAGCGUUUUGAAUACAGUGCUCCUGCUGCUGUUUUUUUGAAUGGAAGUUGUGUUGUACGUGAGCAGGGACACUGUACUGUUCCAAUUCCCUACAACAUAAUAGAGUUACAAGAGUUUUUGGUGAUUAUCUCUAUGCCAGCAGUUGUUGACUAUGGUGAAAACAUUCAAGUCUCACUUGACUGUGAACAAAGAGGAUGGGCAUACGCAGUUGUCAUUCUGGUUCCAAUGGCUAUAGGUAUUACAAUAUUCCUUGUUAGUUUAGUGCUGUUAAUUAAUUCAUACUCUAUUUUAAAACCCAUGCAUGUAAUAGACAAUUAGUCUUGUGCUGUUAGGAAAAAUUAUAAUCACAGUACUUCAUUGUAUACUUAUUUAUUC